GGGGUUCUCGCAGUUCAAUUUUUAUCUACCACAGUUCUUUACUUCUCAUCUAUCAAGCAUCCUUCAUCAACAACACACUUUCUAGAUACAACUACUACAUUCACUUCUUCCAACUAAAUCAUCAAGAUGCAAUACCUCGCUGUAGCUCUCUGCUUCGGUCUGUCUGCCGCUCAGACUCUGAACAUCCCCACUCGUGUCGGCAAUGUUGUGCCUUUGUCUUCCGCUUCUGUCAUUCCCAGAGGUGUGACUAGGAACCUCGGAAACCAGGAGUUCGAUCGUGGCAUGAAGUGCGCCGAGGGAGAUACUGGCAGCAAGAACGCUGUUUUCGUCCUUGAGGAUGGUGCAACGCUUGAGAACGUCAUUAUCGGUGCUAAUGCUCUGGAGGGCGUUCACUGCCUUGCAAGUUGCACUGUCAGGAACGUCUGGUUCCGGGACGUCUGCGAGGACGCCGUCUCCGCACUUGGAACUUUUGAGGGAUCGGUUUUGAUCGAGGGUGGAGGUGCUCAGAACGCUGAAGAUAAGGUCGUUCAGCACAAUGGCAGCGGAAGGGUUACCAUUCGUAACUACACCGUGGUCAAUGCUGGCAAGCUUUACAGGGCUUGCGGUGAUUGCACCAACAACUCUUCCAGGGGAGCUCGCCAUGUGACCAUCGAAAACCUCCGUGCCAACAACGUCAGGACCAACUUGGCCGGUAUCAACAAGAACUACGGCGAUACUGCGACCAUCAGCGGAUCGUGCGGAACUGUCUCUGGUGAGAUUUGCCAGCAGUUCAACGGUAUCAACAAGGGCGAAGGCUCCGGCAGCCCUGAGAUUGCAGGAAAGGAGAACUGCCUUGGUGCCCAGGGCAAACUUGCUCGCGGAGCUCUGCCCCGUUGCUAG